AUGUCCAUCCAGAAUAUUAUCCACAAAUGCCCUCCUGCAAACUAUAUUUUCAACUUACUCACCGAUAACAGCGAUGGUUCAAUUAGUUCCAAAAUAUUACUAAUUUGCGCAUCCCUAUUAAUUAUAUUAUUAUUUAACAAAAAGAUAUUACCUUGCAAUUGCAAAGCUAGCAAUUAUGUCACUCCAAUUAAAUUUGAAUAUGCAGUACCAGACGAAGCCAAGCCAAAUUGGAAGGGUAAGAGAAUUCCCAAUACCAAUGUUUAUAAUGAAGAUGAUCCAACACAUCUUCAAUGUUAUUGUCCAGCAACCGGCCAGUUCUUAAGCAGAUUUGAUAAUAUGACCAAAUUAGAUAUGGACAAAUUGAUUUCCAAAUGUUCAAUUGCUCAAAAGUCAUGGAAGUCAACUACUUUUAAACAAAGAUUGCAGGUUUUGAGUACUUUACAUAAUUACAUCUUACAUCAUCAGGAUGAGAUUGCCAGAGUUUGUUGUCGUGAUAGUGGUAAGACCAUGUUAGAUGCCAGUAUGGGCGAAAUCUUAGUGACUUUGGAAAAAAUCACCUGGAUUAUUGAACAUGGUGUUGAUGUCUUAACUAAAGAAGAUAAAAGACCAGGACCAACAAAUUUUUUCAUGCAAUUUUAUAAAGGAGCAAAAGUAGUAUACGAACCAUUAGGUGUUGUUGCCGCCAUUGUUAGUUGGAAUUAUCCCUUCCACAAUUUGUUGGGUCCCAUUGUGGCUGCUAUCUUUGCUGGUAAUGGUAUUGUAGUUAAAUGUUCCGAACAAGUCGUUUGGUCAUCUGUUUACUUUAUUAAACUAGUUAAAAAAGUCUUGGAAAUUUGUGGCCAUGACCCAAACUUGGUUCAAUUAUGCUAUUGUUUCCCACCAAAUAUUGAAAGCAAGCUAAGCGAUGACAGUGGUAAGAGUACUGCAGACUAUUUUACAUCACACCCCACUUUCAAGCAUAUUACUUUUAUUGGGAGCAAGCCAGUGGCUCACCACGUUUUGAAGCAAGCUGCCGAAACAAUCACUCCUGUAGUUGUUGAGUUGGGUGGUAAGGAUUCUUUUAUUUGUCUGGAUAGUGUCCAAGAUUUAAACAAAUUAUCCUCUAUUAUUAUGAGAGGUACUUUCCAAUCUUCCGGCCAAAACUGUAUUGGUAUUGAAAGAGUCAUUGUAGCCAAUUCCAAAUACGAUGAAUUAGUUAACAUUUUAGAAAAAAGAGUCGCUAGCCUAAGAUUGGGUUCCGAUAUUGAUGACUUAUUGGAAAACAUUGACAUGGGUGCCAUGAUCAGCGAUAACAGGUUUGAACAGUUGGAACUUUUGGUUAAGGACGCUGUGAAUAAAGGUGCAAGGUUGCUAUAUGGUGGUUCCAGAUUUUGUCAUCCAAACUUUCCGCAAGGUCAUUAUUUUCAACCAACUUUGUUAGUCGAUGUCACACCAGAAAUGGAUAUUGCUACUAACGAAGUCUUUGGUCCAAUUUUGACUGUUUUGAAAGGUGGAAAUGAUUUGAAUAAUAUUAUAAAAGUUUCCAAUAGCUCACCAUUUGGUUUGGGUGGUUCUGUUUUCGGUAAAUACGAAGAUUGUUGUUAUGUAGCUGACAAAUUGAUUACAGGUAAUGUUGCCAUUAACGAUUUUGCCACGUUUUAUGUUUGCCAAUUACCAUUCGGUGGAUGUAAUGGUUCAGGGUAUGGUAAAUUUGGUGGAGAAGAAGGUUUGUUAGGGUUGUGCAAUGCCAAGAGUAUUUGCUACGACAAGUUACCAUUUGUCUCCACACAGAUCCCUGCUCCAUUGAACUAUCCUAUUAAGGACAAUGAAGUGGCUUGGCAGUUUGUAAAAGCUAUGAAUACAGCUUCUUACACUUGGAGUUUGUGGGAAAGAAUCAAAAAUAUUUUCAAGUUGGCAAAAAAUGCAUGA